CUGUUUGCCCUCGGGACCGUCUUCAGCCAGUCAGCCAGUCAAGCGCUCCCUCAGCCUGUGCGGUAGUUUUCCUCGCGCGAAGAAGCGUCCGCCCUAGCGAAGAGCACCAUGAUGAAAAUUGCAGCAACCAAGAACGGCCAGCGGGGCCUACCAGGGCGUGGCGGGUGAGGAAGCCUGCUGGGCAAGCGGGGUAGCUAGGGGCGCCCGUUCACAAAGCGUUGCGCGCAUUAGCCUUGCGCGGCCCCGGUUGGUACUUGUGUGGUCCUUGUGCGUUGGUUUCGGGCGUCGCGGUAGCGACCCCGACGCCUUGGCACAGCGGACAUGCUACGGCAAAAUGCUACUCGAACUUCGAACAUCUUAGCGAGCUCGCAUUGUGAGCGCGCCCUGUCGUCUUACGUGCCGUGAAUAUCCGUGUUCGUUCAGGCUCCCGUGUGCGAACGGUGCACGUACUGGAAGAAACAUGAUGUGCACGGCGGCAGGCCAUGUGCCGCCGCAGCGUGUCCGUGGUGUCCUCGGGGUUGCUGCGCCGCGCCCCGCCACCGCCAUCGCAUCGCCGCCCAAGCCAGCGCCUGCUGCCCCGCAACGGAACUGCAUCAGCGACCCGGGCAAUGCACCUGCCCCCCCGGCCGCCUGCGCCCAGGCGGCGACUGUUGUUCAGCCGCACCAGGUGUUGCGUGCGCUCAUCUGUCACGAGCAGCUCAACCGCACCCUGUCUCCCUGGGCGAGCGGCGAGGCCACGGUCAGCAGUGCCAACCGAGUAAACACCGCCGGCGGCGUCAACGGAGCUCCCGAGCGCACCGUGGACCGCGCGAUGGUGACCCUCACUGGCUCCGCUGCCUGUAAAGCCGCCGCUGCCGGUGUGGGCCAGUCCUGCGUGCUGGCGGACGGGCGGCCCGCAGUUCAAGUGCUGGCGGCUGUGAAGACCGUGACUGCAACCCUGACCCCCACGGAGGCGCAUCUGUUGAAGACCAACCCGGCGACCGCCAGCCUUGCGCUGCUGCCUAGCGUCAAGCUGCUGGGGCAGGAGCUGGAGGCGUUUACCAAGACCAUGAAGCGCGCCACGGACGUGCACGGCGCUCACCUGGCGCAACGCUGCUUCCUGCGGCUGUACGGCUGGGAGCUCGUGUGCACCGGCGGCCCCGACACAUACGCGCUGCGCUCCUACUGGCAGUGGCAGCAGCACGGCUCCCUGAGGGAGUACCUCAUCCGCUGCCUGGAGCACCCCGACAUCCGGAUGGGGCGCGCCAUGUUUAUCGCCGCGCUGCAGCAGGUGCUGCAGCUACUGCGCACGCUGAGCCGGGCCGGCAUCGUGCUCGGCGAUCUCAAGCUAGACAACAUGCUGGUGGACGCACACGGCCACGUGACUCUGUCGGACGUGGACGGUGCCGGGCUGCUGGAGGAGGGGCUGCUGCGCACCACCCAGCUGGUGGCGGCGCAGGCGGCCGCGCAGGCGGCGGCCAUGUGGUCGGACCCGGUGGCGGCGGAGGCGGCGGUGUGGCGGGCGGCGGACCUGAUGUUCACUCAGGAACCGCCGACCAUGAUAACGGACGCGUUCGCGCCGUUAGAGAUGAAGGUAUUCCAGAGCAUGUGCGGUGCCUCGCACCAGCACCUGGUGGGCGCAAGCCUGGGGGCGCUGCUGGCGGCGCUCCAGCCCGUGCUGCUGGCGGCGGGCCGCACAGGGUGUUUUUAUUUCAUUACAGAACUGCACGGCCUGGCGAUGGGCCUGCAGACCCUGGCGCAUAUCGACCGGCCCGACCUGCAGGGCGUGUGGUGGCAGCUGGAGGCCAUCGGGGCGCGGUGGGUGUGAUGCUUGGCGACAAGCUGGGCAGGCGGCUAGGGAGCUAUUGAGCGAGCCUGGCUGGGAUAAGGGAGGUUGCCGGUUCGAUUGUGGCAAGGAACGUGUAUGGCUGGGGGAAUUGGUUCGGGUUCGGGGGUUCUGAAGUUCCUGAUUAUAUUUACGGACGGGGGGCUUGUCCGAUCGUGGGAAGUGGCUUGUGGGGAUGCAUGGAUUCAAGCAUGUGACGCGUAUGAACUGCGUACGGACGUCAUGAUUAUCUGCGCACCUGCUGAGGUACAGCAGAUACAAGGCAUGGCCCUAGCAGGGCAACGGGACUGAUACGCAGGGAAGGCAUGUGUGUGCGAUGUGUAUGUGUGGGGGCAUGUAUAGCAACUGCUUGGUGUUGCGAAGUUGGUUCGGCAAGCCUG